AUGAUCGCCCCGGCUGAACAAUCGAACAAGGAAAGGAUCCGUGGCGGACCAAGUGGUCAUAAGACAUGCCGGCCCAGGACAGGUCGGGUCCUCAGGCUGCAAAAGCGCCGUGUAUUCCACGAGGCUGUCAAUUGUGCGCCGACGAGUCCGUCAGAAAGGGUCCAAGGUCGUCCACUCGACGAAGGUCCUCACAACAAUCCUUCCCAAAACUACCAUGGUCCUGGUUCGAUUCUCCCAUCGGAAUGUUUUAAUCUUGAACUCCUACUUCCAAUAUAAUCGUGAAAAGAGUGUCUUUAUCGGAACAACAUUUUCGGAAGAAACUUGUCAUCCCGCACGAAAUAUCAUGUUUCUCCAGCCUGAAAUGCACUAAUCCUUCCGAUUUGAGGCCUGACCUCUUUUUUUUUGAUUUUGAAAACAAAAAAUAAUACUGAAGUUAUGUUCUCGUUAUUUGAAGAGAAGUUGGUAUAGAAUUCAAGAAAAAUUUUUGUGUACUAAACUAUUAAAUUUUCCUUCAUAUUUUUUUUAAAGACCGCCUUUUUUUUCAUAAUUUCUGGAAAAUUUUAGGGGUGCGGCUUUUUCUCCACUUUGAUCAUCGUCUUAUUUUUUUUCUCCAUAAGCGUUCAAUUAUACUUGAUCUUUCUACCUCUGCUCGUAGCUCCCCCCCUUUUUUACGAAUUUUUUUUUCUUUACUCGAUGUCGAUGAGAUCUGACUAAAGCAACAAAAUAAACUAUUUGAUUGAUUGGAUGCUCCCUUUUCAGCAUUGCCUCCAAAAUUAGACACUUCCAACUCAUAUGGACAUUUUGGAGUCGCUUUUCGGCGGCUCUCACAGUCUCUCCUUACCCUCAACAGCCAAGCUAGAUCUUCAAGCAAGUUUUUACUCUCAAAACUGAAAAGAAGGCGAAAAAAUUCAGGAUGAAGCCGAUUCCGGAGACGAAGAUGGCGAAAUGGAUCUUGACGUCUCCGCUGAGCUCCUCGCCGCCGCGACGGCAUCAGUCUCUUCAAUAAACGAUGAAACGCCGAAACGGGCACAAGCAGCCUAUCCCAGAAGGUAGUCAAUAGAAUGUCAUCGUAUCUCCAAACAUUCUUAGAUUCAGGAGUAGACCAGAAAGAGGUAAAUUCACUAUUCUUGACAAUAUGGAAGUUGCUGAGGUCGACGACAUCAUUGACGUCGAGUUCAACGUCGAUAUACUGCAGAAUAUUUUCCAAGAUCCUCGAUUGGGGUAAGAAAAAUAGCUUGAAAAUGAGAAUCGAAGACUUACAGAGUCCAGUUUUUGGCUAGGUACGGAUUAAUACCAAACUCGCGAUCCUGCCGGUUACCAGCAUGUCCACGGGAUCAGUUAAUGAGUCUCAUCAAGCACGCCAACGGAUAUGUGGUGCGUUCUACUCGAGUUAUUUCAUACUUCUAGAGCUAUCUAUAUUCUGGUGAACCGCUAUUAUUCUCAAGAACAAAGAAAAGAAUUCACAAGAAAAUAUUGAAAAUUUACAGUGGCGGUGUCGAUCAUGUCGGAAAAGAACAGAACGGCGGAUAAUCACAAAAAUCUCUGUAUACGAAGGAACCUUUCUCUUCUACUCAAGAAUGCCUUUGAACAAGGUAAAGAAAAUAAGAACUCACCUAAAAUAAUAGCUGCUUUAGCUUUUCAUCUUCAUGUACAUUUGGUGCGAAAAUCCUGGAUUCACAAUCAGUGAGUACAAUCGGAUUCUCGGCGAGUACCGUCUAGUCGAAGAAACCAUCUACAACACUAUUGGCUUCUUAAGAGACCACGUCCAAAACUGGUAAGUUUGAAAUAUCAUCUGUUCUCUCAAAAAAAUCUUUUUUCAGGUGCACAUCGGUCUCGUUGAGCCGGAUAGGCGGAGAAGGCCAAACGGUGGAAAUAAUGGAUACGCUACAUACUGAACAGCUUUCCUGCAAACAGAGGAACCGCCGAACUCGCAAUUUCGGAGCCAGAUACGCUCUCAUCUGCUGGACCGACAAUUCUAUCGUUACAGUACCAGACAUCCACCCAAACGUGAGUACAAAUUUGAAAGCCUACAUGUCAAGUACAAAAAAAGGUUCAGCCAUCGCCCGUCGAAAUCUCUCAAAUCAUACAUCAACAUGCCGAACUAGGGUCGAAAAUCGUCAUGCGCGACUUGUUCAUCGAAGAAUGCGGCGGUUUUGAAGACGUUUUUGAGCCUUGUAGAUUAUCUUAUUGACUUAUGGAUUUAGUUGAAAGCUGCGCUAGGAGAUAGCUACUCUUUGACGACUAUCAGCGAAGAAUGGCUGACGUUGAGCGAAGAAGAGAAGGACAAGUAAGUGAUUAUUUCUAAAGAGGUUACUGAGCACUGAAAAAAGUGCCAAUUUGGAUAGCUUAUCAUGAGUUGUUUCUUUUGUUUAUUCAGCGUCAAAGAAAGUUUGGGGCAAAAUCCGAAAGUGUAAGCUUUUUUGCGAUUUCAGUUUCUCGGAGGAAAAAUAUUUUAGAAUCCCGAAAAGCUGUAUACAACUACUAAAGCUUGAAAAUUCAGACAAUUCAUCAAGACAGAGAUGAUGACGGUGCAAAACUACAACCAGGAGCCAUUCGCCUAUGAAUACUUCUUUCGACGGACCUUCCCAAUCAAGCCGUUCAAUGAGCUUCUGAGAAUCAUUCGGCAGCUCUACUCAAAGUGA